AUGGAAAAGCAUCAGAAGUACCCUUUAGGAGCGGAGCAUUACAAUCUGUUUGAAGAAAUAGGUAGCGGAGCUACUGCAACAAUUUAUCGUGCAGUUUGUAUUCCAACACAAGAAACUGUUGCAAUCAAAGUGUUGGAUUUCGAAAAGGAGAACACUGAAUUGUGUAAAAUCGCUCAUGAAGCACAGACCAUGACUUUGAUGGAUCAGCCAAAUCUCUUGAAGGCUCACUGUUCGUUCGUCACAGAUCAUUAUCUGUGGGUUGUUAUGCCAUUCAUGGCUGCUUCAUGUCAACAUAUCAUGAAUACAGCUUUUCCAGAUGGAUUCGAAGAGGCUGUGAUCGCUACGAUUUUACGUGAAGUUUUGAAAGGAUUAGUGAACAUACACCAGCAUGGGGACAUACAUCGAGAUGUGAAGGCAGGCAAUAUUUUAAUGGAUUCACGCGGUGCAAUAAAGCUUUGUGAUUUUGGUGCUUCCGCAAGCCUUUUUGAUGAGGGGAAGAGGCUACAUGGAAGAAACACUUUUACGGGAACUUUCUGCUGGAUGGCACCUGAGGUUAUGGAGGAAGAAGAAUACGACUUUAAGGCUGACAUCUGGUCUUUUGGUAUAACAGCGUUGGAACUUGCUCAUGGGCAUGCCCCGUACUCUGAAUUUCCUUCGAUGAAGAUUCUUAUGAAGAUUAUACGAGAUGCACCGCCUAGUCUUGAUCAUAGCGAAAAGGACAAGAAGUUCUCAAAGUCUUUCCGAAAAAUGAUCGAGAAGUGUUUGGUGAAAGACCCUCGUAAGCGUCUUUCAGCACAAGAAUUAUUAAAGCAUCCCUUCUUCAAGAAAGCUCGGUCCAGUGAGUAUAUUACACGCACACUGCUGAAAGAGCUACCUAGUCUGGGGCAUUCCACUAAAGAAUCAAAGAUAAAACAGGACAUGGUUAUACAGAAGAAAUUGGCAGAAGUGGAAAGGGGAGAUAUAGGACGGUACAAAAAAGGGUUCAGCGGUUGGAAUUUCGACGUUGAAGCUAUAAAGACACAGGCUUCACAGCUUCCGGAUGAUGGAGAAUUGACCCCUCUGCUCGAGUGGCUGAUUGAAUACAGAUACAGUGUAUUUUAA